UGUGUGGGUGAGGUCACGGCUGUGUAGCGUCUGGGCGUGGUUUGCUGGCACAGACUGGCAGUUAGUGGAAGUCGGCGAGCGAUGAUCUGGGGCCGGGGCUGAGCCGGGUACGGAGCGCCGGGAGGAUCAUAACAGCCGCUAUGGAGGACGUGAACUCCAAUGUGAGCGCAGACCAGGAGGUGCGGAAGCUGCAGGAGCUGGUCAAGAAGCUGGAGAAACAGAACGAGCAGCUCCGCUCCCGCUCCACUCAACUACCGAACUCAACCCGGACUCCUAUACUGCCCCUACCGGGCCACAACACCGCUCCCUCCCUACUACUCAACCCGGGCCCUGCUAUCCCUGGCAAGGCUGGAGGAGGGAGAGGGGACGGCGCCGCCUGGGAAGAGUUCCUGGAGGCCGUGUCCGAGGAGAGGAGGAGGGAGGACAGCGGGCUCCUGCUGGACCAGGUGGUGCUUCUCCGGCUAGAAGACAUGGACAGGAUGGUGGACUUCACCGAGGAGGAGAGCUGGUUGUAUACUUCACCAAAGAAAAAGUUACCCUCAUCACAUGAAACAGUCAGUCCUCUGAUUUGGUGUCGGCAGGUUUUUGACAGUCCCACACCCGAUGUGGAGUGUGCGAAAAAAAACCUUAUCCACAGACUUGAGCAAACAAUGUCAGCCACCAAGAGGCAGAGUAUGUACAGCAUUCCUUAUAGUUCAUCGAGCUAUGCCAGCUCCUACAGUCCCAAUCCUAGUGGAAGUCCAUACAACAGCGGCUAUAGCUCCCCAUCCUCCACUCCAGUGAGACCCCCAGUAGUGCGGCAGCUGGUUCUGCCUAGCAACACAGGAAUGUAUAAAAGCUCCUCUGACAGAAACCCCCCUCCUGUCAGCCCACAAUCCUCAGUGGACAGUGAGCUCAGUACAUCCGAGAUGGACGAAGACUCCGUAGGUUCAAAUUACAAGCUAAAUGAUGUCACAGAUGUCCAGAUAUUGGCCCGGAUGCAGGAAGAUAGUCUUCGACAAGAGUAUGCAGCUUCAGCUUCUCGUCGCAGCUCUGGUUCAUCGUGUCACUCCAUGAAAAGAGGGGCGUAUAGUGACCAGGAACUUGAUGCUCAGAGCUUAGAAGAUGAUGAAGAAGGAAGUCACCAUUCAGGUCAUUUGCCUGUAAGCAGAUACUCACCCUCACCACGUCACUCUCCUCGCCCCUCUCCAAGACAGUCUCCCAGGAACUCUCCGCGCUCCAGGUCUCCGGCACGCAGCUUGGAUUACAGAGGUGUAUCCCCUCAACCCAUGCUUAGCCGUCUACAGCAACCCCGCCUUUCGCUUCAGGGCCACACCACAGACUUACAGACAAAUGUGGUGAAAAAUGAAGAGAAACUGAGACGGAGUCUUCCAAAUCUCUCCAAGGCGACAGGCAUUCAGACCACAGAUGCUGUAAAAAACAGCAGAAGUUGUGAGUCAAAUCUGCAGGUCCCAAAUGGAGGAUCCUCCCGAGCGCUGAGCACUUCCAUACCUUCCCCUUGCAAGUUCCGCUCCCCUGCAGCACCCUCUCCACUGUCGUUACGGCAGCCUAUGAAGGCCCUGUCUAAUCAUGGUUCUCAAAUUGCACAAGAAGCAACCUCUGUUGCACAGAACAUCCCUCCAUCAGGGCCACCUCCUAGCCAGCAGUCUGGCUCUGCAAGUCCUGUUGGAAGAGCCAGCACGCCAAUGAGGAGUGGACUGCCCAGACCUAGCACGCCUUCAGGAGGAAGCAUACCAGUGCCUCGCAGCAAACUUGCACAGCCGGUCCGCAGAUCAUUGCAAGCUCCCAAGAAUUACGGCUCAAUGAAAGAUGACAGCUGGAAGGAAGGCUGCUACUGACCCCCGACCCCUCCUAAAUCCUAAAGUGUGACUGCUCAAUGGACUCUACGUCAUCCACACUGUGACCACAGAGCAGCCCACCCUGAUGGGACAAUUUGGGGAUUUUGCUGUUAGAUCCCAGGGUCCUCUGUCCGUAUCUAGCACAAACGGGAGAGGUUACAAAAAGGAGCACUUUAUUGACACUGACCAUCAGAUGUUUGUCAUCAAUCACCCCUUCAUGGUAUUUCUCCUAAUUUAUUUUUGCCGCCUGUAAUCUUAACCCUUUAUAAUCUAGAAACACUGCAUUAUCUUCUGGCUGGUAAACUUACUGCAAAAUGAAUAACUUUGGGUAGCAAACAAUCUCUUUUGAAAAAAAAAAAAAGAAAUAUCUGGUUAAUGCCAAAGAACAAUUCCUCAAAUGCUUUCUUUUAUACAUCUAAAAAAUGUAAUCUCUUUAAAAUUGAAUAUGCAUAUUGGCACUAAUACUGCAAAGGUCUACAGGGGUAUAUCGUUUGGUAGACUGUGUUUUCUCAAGACAGAUUUUUUCCAGUUUUAUACAGAGCGAAAUUUUGUUGCCUUUUAUUCUAUGUAAUAGCUGUUGAAUUCCACUGAACCUGUCGGUGAAUGGACCGUCACAUAUUUUGCUAGAAGAAACACAGGGGCUCAUGCUUGAAACUCUCUUGAGGAAGCAUAUGUGUAAUAAUUAGCACAAUUAAUCUGAGACGAGCAGGCAAAGUUGUCUGACGUUUGCUAUUCUUCCAAAAAAAAUGAAACCAGGUGCUUAUAUAUGCAGUCUUUUUACCUGCAGUUAAAUCAUUUGCAUAAUCGCAAAAACAACCCUUAAAUGCAUAGUUGAAGUAUAUUAUAUACUAUAUGCUCGAAAUGUUUUACCUGUCUAGGGGCUUGCAAUUCUUUUUAGCCGGGCCGCACCUUUUUGUUAUCAGCCAACUGACCGGACAGCGAAUCUGUAUUGUGAUGAUGUUGUCCAUCUUUCCAAUGAGUGACAGGAGAUGGGUCACGGACUGGCUGCUAAGAAUUAUGAAACCUUUGCCAAGUAAGACAGUUCUUGCAGGGAAAUGUUUUCAGUUGUAUUUAGAGGGUUGAAGUAUCUCUUCAAAGAUUGUUUUAUAUUUUCAUAAGUUGAAAAGUGCUAUCAUUUUAGUAUCCGUUUUGUACAUUUUGUGUUUCAGCAAAAGAUGCACCUGUGUGACAUGACUUUAUUUUUAUGUGAAACCUGUUAACAGACAUUCAUAACUUUAAUGUACAGUAUACUCCAUUUCAGACCUGCAGCAUACUGCUGGGCUGUGUGAGAAGCUCUACAGCUCAACAUAGCAUUGUUUUCUAUCAUGA